AUGGAGACUCCUGGGUUGCAUUUCUGGAUGGAAGGUUCUGAUGUUACUGAUGAGGACUGCGAGGAGGAGACCUCGAGGGACUUGGAGAGAUUCAGUGGCUGGAACAUCCUGCCUGAUGUGGCCCUCCUGCACAUCUUCGGGUGUCUCCCUGAUGCUGCUCGUGGCAGAGCAGCUCGGGUUUGCCACCGCUGGUACCAAAUCAUGCGAUCACCCUGUCUGUGGCGCUGUCGCCAUUUCUGUUUUAAUGGUCAUCUCUCCAAAUACAAGCCGCCUGAGUACCAAACAGCUAUGGGCUACAUACGCAGUCUGGGGGUCUUCCUGGAAACAUUAAAUGUGACUGUGUGCCCUCCAAGAAGCCAGAUGCAGGCCAGGCGGCUGCAUAAGGCCAUUUGCACAAUGAUGAAGGAACUCAUCAGGGUAAGAGCCACCCUUAAGUCCCUGUCUCUCACCAGUCUGGAGCUGGACACGUACAGCUGGAGUCAGGAGCACAGAAGCUCUUUGGCCGAUAUCCUGAUUCAAUUCUUCAUAAAAGGGGCCUCAAAGCUCAACUUCCUUUGUCUGUAUGGAAUGAGGAAUGACGUGUCACAGGGUGUGAAUGUGCUUUGGGCCAUGCUAAAGUACCAGCAAGAUCUUUCUCCUCAUGGCAGCCUCUCUUCUUUAGACUUGAAAGAUUUUUUUUCUACUCAUCUUCCAGUCCGGUUCAACUGUAUGCCCUACGUCCUGCGUCAGCUGCAGGGCCUCACCUACCUGGGCUUGAGCUACUCCUGCCUGUCAGAUGAGCUGAUAAUGGAGCUCUGUCAGAGUCACAGAGGAGCGGGGUACACCUCUGGCAGAAGUGGAAGCAACCUGCAAACACUGGAGUGCACUCUGAGUGAGCUACCGAAGCUGGUUUGCAGCCGAUCAUGGGCAACUCUGGCAUCCAGCUGCCCGGACCUGGAAGUCCACCUCUCAGUGGAAAAAGUUAUCACCACGGACAGCCUGGCACAGAUCCUACUGCCUGAAAUCCCCCUGAGAAAUUUCCAAAUGACAGCUUUCUACUACCCCAAUGAAAACUUUAGCAUCCGGCCUCUCCUCUGUCACAUGCUGCCUCUAUACGGACACUGCCUGCAGUAUCUGGCCCUGGAUGUGUGCAAUCGUUUUGAAUUGGUGGAUGAGGAACUGCUGAGGCUGGUCUCCAUGUGCAAGCGUCUGGUGGAUCUGAAAGUCAGGGCUUUCAUGGACGUCUUCACCGUGGGGAGACUGCUAGGCAUGAGGCUGAAACAAAGGUCCUUACUGAACAAGAUCAAAGUGAAAAUCUACUCACAGAGGAUCAACAUCACAGAGCAGGAAGACGAUCUGAAGAAAGUGCUGUCUUUCUACAAGCAACAGUUCCCUCCUGAGCUGCAGGUUCUGGCUGAUGUCAUCCCCGUUUUGUGA